UAGCCCCCCGUCAUGGUCCGUGCUUCAAAAAAGGGUUGAGGAAAUUUAUGGGGCGGACGAGCGAUUAUCUGGGGCCCCUGGACCUUUGCAAUUCCCAAACAACUUAGUCGGGCACCAGUCGAAGAGCUAGAUAUCUCUGCGUCUGCGAGCUGCAAAGGAAACACCUAGUGCAAGAGUAGGUCUAGUGUUCAAUUCAACCACCAGGCGGGCCCUUCUGAAGAGAAAUAAGAUAGUGCACCACACCAACCAAUUCCUCUUCUUGUCUUGCGUCUCCCCUUCCCCUUCCUCUCUCUCUCCUUGCAAUUUUGGAUUGAAUUGGCAUAGACCACUUCACCCUCCAACACCACAUCACACCACAUCGCCAGACCACCAUCAUGGCUGGAAAGACAGCCUCGAAAAGGUCCAGCACCAUGGCAAAGACCGACGAGGUCAGGAGCACUCCAGGAGAUGGAAAGCACGUUGAUCUCCAUGGCAAAGUCUUUGAACUUCCACACUUCACCAUGAAGGAAAUCCACGAUGCCAUUCCCAGCCAUUGCUUCAAGCCCUCCAUCAUCCGGUCCAUGGCCUACGUCGUGCGCGACUUUUUCUAUUGGGGAACCCUCAGUUACAUCGCCCUCACCUACAUCCCAAUGCUUCCCUCGGCAUACCUCCGUUUCGCUGCUUGGUCGGCAUAUGGAUUUGCGGCUGGUUGCGUCUUUACGGGCAUCUGGAUUCUGGCACAUGAAUGUGGACACGGUGCCUUUAGCAGAAACAAGAUGUUGAAUUAUACCAUGGGAUUGAUCAUGCACUCCUUCCUCUUGGUUCCUUUCCAUUCUUGGAGACUCUCGCACUCGCAGCACCACAAGGGAACGGGAAAUAUGCAGAAGGAUACUGCGUUCGUGCCACACACACGAUCACAAUGGCUCGAGGACAAAUUUGGAAAGAACGCAAAGGCAAACUUGGUCGAGUUCGCAGAAUUGGCCGAGGAUUCCCCAAUGGCUGCUCUAUGGCACGAUAUCAUCCAUCAAUUGUUCGGUUGGCCUGCGUAUCUCUUGAUGAACGUUACCGGACAAAGAUAUGAUGGAGCCAGUGGCAUGAAGAUCUCUCAUUUCUACUUUGGCGAAGACAGUGUGUUCUACAAGAAGAACGAGUUGACAUUGAUUGUCUUGUCUGAUAUCGCGGUUGCUAUCAUGAUUGGAGCUUUGCUCGUUGCUGGCCAGGCCUUUGGACAUUUCAACGUGAUCAUGUGCUGGGGAAUCCCAUGGUUGUGGGUGAACAACUGGAUUGGUAAGUACAUCCUCUUUUCCAUCCAAUUCCAAACCGUGGAAAAAUACUAACCAAAUCAUGUAGUUGCAAUCACCUUCCUCCAACACACCGAUGGUUGCAUGCCCCACUACGACAACAAGACCUGGACCUUCGCCCGUGGUGCCACUGCCACCAUUGAUCGUGACCUUGGCUUCAUCGAUACCCACCUCUUCCACGAUAUCAUUGGCACACACGUCUGCCACCACCUCAUCUCCACCAUCCCAUUCUACCACGCAGGCGAGGCCUCCAAAUAUAUCAAACAAGUCAUGGGUUCACACUACCAAGCGGAUCUCGAGACCCCCUUCUGGACCGCCUUCUUCCGUAACCAACGUUCUUGCAAAUUUGUUGAGGAAACCGUUGGCCAGGAGGGAAGUGGAGUGUACAUGUUCCGAAACUUGUACAACCGUGAGGGUGAGACUCAGCCUGCUAACCUGGCCGGAAUCGAAAAGAAGGGAGAGUUCGAUAUCGCCGAGGGACUUAAGGCUGCGACUGGUACGGCUACUGCUACUGCCAUGUCGAUGGCAAGUGCUCGAAAUCUGGAUGCCAGACGAAGACUGAGUCAAUCUGCUGCCAAGGCCAGUCUUCCUGUUCUGGUUGAGGCUUAGAUGGGGAUAGUUGGAAUUCUGUUUUUUAUCUUGGUCGGAUGGAUUCGCAAUUUCUCGGUCAGUUUUCUAGAAGGGUGUCGAAAGGAUUGACAUAGAUCAUUGUUUUUCAUUCGAUGGGAAGGGGGUUUGAAAGAAAUAGAUUUUGUAGAUGGAUCGAUUGAGGGUGUAGAUUCUGGGUUCUUACUCACUUGGCGUUUUUUCUGUAGAGGUUCUUAUUUUUCAAUUUCUUUUUUUUCUGUGUGGAAAAAGACCUUUUUGCGAUAGUGGUUGCGGUUCUGUCUUGUUCAUAUGAAAAAAAAAAAAAAUUUAAUUUUUUUUGAUUAA